GCUUGUGUGGUAACCCUUAAUUCACACUGUAACCUAACCUCAAAUAAAUGGGCUGAAAUGUGAAAUUUUUUUCUUGAUAUAGAUAUCCGCCGCAAUUCGCCGGUUUAAAGAAAAUGAAUAAAAAUAGAUGGCAUGAAGAACAAAUUUAUUAAAAAAAUAUAUUGGACUGCGAUUUAAACCAUAUUGUGAAAGAUGUCAGUCGGUUUUAAUGCUUUAUUUCAAAGAAGAAAAAAUUUGCUACUGAAUCGUGCGAAGAUUUUUUUUCGAUUUUAUUCUGGAACGCAAGAAAAUGUUAAGCCAAAACAAUAUACUAAUACAGUUUUGCUGCCGAAAACUGAGUUUCCAGCUAAAGUCACUGGCAAGAGCAGAAUUGAAGUGGAUAAAUAUUUGACAGAGAGAUGUGGAUUCUCUGAUUUGUACAAUUGGCAAAGGCUAAAUCUGUCUGGUCCAGAUUAUGUUUUACAUGAUGGACCUCCGUACGCCAAUGGAAUUCCACACAUGGGCCAUGCAAUAAAUAAGAUUUUAAAAGACAUAACUCUCAGAAGCAAAAUUCUAAAAGGCCAGCGAGUUCAUUACGUGCCAGGCUGGGACUGUCACGGUCUGCCAAUUGAAUUAAAAGCUUUGACAGAAGCUAAAGCUAAAGCAAAAGAUUUGACUCCUCUUCAAAUUCGUCAACAUGCAAGAAAAUAUGCAAAGAAUGUCAUAGCUCAGCAGCGUGAAGCUUUUGCUUCCUGGGGUGUUGUAGCAGACUGGAAAGACUCUGGUUGUUAUUUCACAAAUGAUAUUUCCUACGUAACGAACCAAUUACGGAAAUUUAUCAAUCUAUAUGAGAAGGGGCUCGUCUUCAGGGACUUUAAACCUGUAUAUUGGUCACCUUCCUCAAGAACAGCACUAGCCGAAUCAGAAUUGGAAUAUAACGAGCAGCACCAAAGCAAAUGUGCAACUGUUCGUUUACGAAUUUCGGAAUUACCACCAGCAUUGGCUGAAUUUCAGGGAAAAAAUAUUUACGGUCUCACAUGGACUACCACACCCUGGACUCUUGUCGCAAAUCAAGCUCUCGCAUAUUCUUCUGAAGCUGUUUAUUCCGUAGCAGAAAACGCACAAGGAGAUUUAUAUAUUGUUGCCGAAGACUUAUUGAAAAAUAAUGAAGAAAAAAUCGGAUCUUUAAAUUCUUUAAAAACAAUCAAAGGAACCGAACUUUCUGGCACAAAAUAUUUGCAACCAGUCACGGGGAUUCUACUACCAUUUCUGGCAGCAAGCCAUGUGAAUACUGUUACUGGAACUGGAUUAGUUCACACAGCACCUGCUCAUGGAUCUGAAGAUUUCUGCGUGGCGAUAGAACACAAAAUUUCUGUGUUGUCUAUAGUGAAUGAAGAAGGACAAUACACAAAUGAAGCUGGUUCCCAAUUCUCUGGAUUGGAAGUUUUGAAAGAAGGCACAAAAGCUGUGCUUGAACAUUUAAACAAAGAUGUGAUGUACACAGAAAUAUUAACGCACAGUUACCCCUACGAUUGGAGAACCAAAAAACCGGUUAUAACUCGAGCAAGUUAUCAAUGGUUUAUCGACACAGGUGCCAUUAAACAAAAAGCUAUUGAGAGUAUAGGUGAUUUAAAGAUAUAUCCAGAGCACCGAAAACAAUCUGCAAUGAAUGUUUUAACCACUCAAAUAAAACAGAGACCUUUUUGGUGUAUUUCUCGACAAAGAGUUUGGGGCACACCGAUUCCUGUGAUUUAUCUUGGAGACGCUAAAACUGCAUUUACAAACAGAGAACUCGUUGAGAGACUAUGCCACUUGAUAGAAAAAAAUGGAAGUGAUUCUUGGUGGGAAUUGCCAGUGGAAGAAAUAGUAGGCAAAAAAUUGAUGGACGAAUUAAAUGUCUCAAAAAUCGAAAGGGGAAACGAUAUCAUGGAUAUUUGGUUCGAUAGUGGAAUUUCCUGGUCAACAGUUUUACCGGAAGGAAAAGCGGAUCUUUACAUGGAGGGAAUGGAUCAAUUUAAUGGAUGGUUUCAAACUUCCUUGCUUACUUCUGUAGCUCUUCAAGACUCUGCACCUUAUAAAGAAUUAUUUGUCCACGGAUUUGCAGUGGAUGAGAAAAAUAACAAAAUGUCGAAAUCCCUGGGAAAUAUUGUAAGUCCAGAGGAAGUGAUAAUGGGCGGAAAGAAUCAACAACAGAAACCGGCUUACGGUGUCGAUGUUCUCAGAUGGUGGGUUGCCAGUCAUGGCUGCCAGCAUAGUUUGGUUCCGGUCAAGGAAACUUUACUUCGCGAUAGUUUAGACUGCAUUAACAAAUUGCGAAACGUUUUACGUUUCCUAUUAGGUUCUUUACAUCCCUAUUCUACGAAAAAUUCUGUUGAGCCUCAAUAUUUAUACCUCGAUAGGUAUAUGUUGCAUCGGCUUUAUCAUUUCAGCGCACAGGUUCAAAAAUUGUAUUCUACUUAUCAGUAUCAUAAUGUGACGAAGCACAUAAUAAACUUUGUAACAAACGACGUUUCAGCAACUUACUGCUACCUAAUAAAAGACCGACUUUAUUGUGAAAGCGCAAAUUAUCCAUAUCGAGCUGGAGCAGUCGAUGUUAUGGGUGCGAUAUUGGCAGUUGUUGUCAGAUCUAUCGCACCAAUUAGUCCACACCUCGCUGAAGAGGUGUGGUUGCAUCAUCCCGAGAAUCAAACUUACGUACCAUUGUUUCAUUCUGGAUACAAGCAAGCUGAUAAUUGGAACCAACCGGAAAUUGAAACAAUUGUAAACACCGCAUUAUUGUUGAGAGAUGGAGUAAACAAACUUGCAAAAGUUAAUACAUGGGAAUUAAAAACCAGGAUUCGAGUUGAUCCAAAAACUUUUUCUUUGCUUUCAAUUCUGCAAAAGGAAAAGGAGUCCUCAACCUCUGAACUUUGUGAAAUACUUCGCGUUUCUUCCAUCGCACUGAUCGAAGACGAAACAUGUAGAGGUUUUCAAAUUGAAUUAGAGCCGACUAACCAAAAAUUGUGUAAAAGAUGUAGAAGACAUCCUGAAUCAGACAAGGAAGAGAUCUGUUUGCGUUGCAGCCAACUUCUAAACUAAUCCUGUUUAUAAUCUUUGUUCCACUGCAUUUUCAUUAAAUUAAUUAAUUAAUUAUUUAAUUAAUUAUAUUGCAACAAAUGUAAGUAUUAAAAAACUAAUGUAUAUAAAU